AUGUGUAACACAGUUUCAACUCAGGGUGGAGUCCUUGCUACUGGUAACACAGUUUCAACUCAGGAUGGAGUCGUUGCUAUGUGUAACACAGUUUCAACUCAGGAUGGAGUCGUAUCAGGAGACACAGCUUCAACUCAGGGUGGAGUCCUUGCUACUGGUAACACAGUUUCAACUCAGGAUGGAGUCGUUGCUAUGUGUAACACAGUUUCAACUCAGGAUGGAGUCGUUGUAUCAGGAGACACAGCUUCAACUCAGGGUGGAGUCCUUGCUACUGGUAACACAGUUUCAACUCAGGAUGGAGUCGUUGCUAUGUGUAACACAGUUUCAAUUCAGGAUGGAGUCGUUGUAUCAGGAGACACAGCUUCAACGCAUGAUGGAUCCGUUGUUACUGAUUUCAAUGAUCAUUCUUACUUUGACCUUGGAAAAAUCGUUAAAAACAAAAUUGAUGUCCGUCACUUUAGUGAUAAUGAAAAGUGCAAAUACAUGGAACAACAUUUUGUGCCUCCGGUGGGAUAUAAAACAUUUUGUUCACAAGUUGUAAGACAAAGGGGUGAUGAAAAAACACUAGUUUUUAGGUCUCAGUGGCUGGACGAGUAUACAUGGUUAGUGUACAGUCCUUUAUUAGAAGGCGGACUCUGCGAGUACUGUGUUAUGUUUCUGCCCCGCAAUAAAAGUGUUGGUGUCUUAGUAAAUAAAGCAUUUACAAACCUCAGAAAAGCCAAGGGCUCAAAAGAUGGUAUUCUAGAUAACCAUAUGCGCCUUGACUACCACAAAGAUGCCCUGAUUGCUGCAGAAAUAGCCAAACAGAAUUCGAGUAAACCCUCACAACAGGUGGAUUGUAUCUUAGACCGGAAAAGAAAACAACUGUUUGAAGAUAACUUGCAUAUUUUGAAAUGCAUUGUUGAUGCAGUUGUUUUUUGUGGAAAACAGAAUAUUGCGCUUAGAGGACAUCGAGAUGACAGUAGUAGUACAGCUUCUAAUCGUGGCAAUUUCUUAGCAACUCUUGAUCUCAUGGCGAAAAGUGAUAAAAUUCUGCACACUCAUCUAGAAAGAGGAAAACAAACAUCGAAAUACACCAGCAAAACUAUACAAAAUGAAAUUGUAGUCCUUAUCGGAGAUUUUAUUCGACACCACCUAACAUUAGGCAUUAAAGCUGGAUCACCUAGUCCAUUCUUUUCCAUAAUGGCAGAUGAGGUUACUGACACAUUUGGCAAUCAGGAAAUCCUAUCUCUUUGUUUGAGAUUUUUGCAAACAAAUGACGUAAAUAAUGUUGAAAUUAUCGAAGCAUUCUUCAAUUACUCGUUUUUGAAACGCACCACAGGUAAAGCAAUAUCUGAAAGCAUCCUUGAUAUUUUGCGGGCAAACGAACUAAACAUUGAUAACUUACGUGGGCAAGCUUAUGAUGGUGCAUCAGCCAUGUCUAGUGAGGUCAAUGGUGUAAAUGGGAGAAUUCGAAAUGUUGCUCCGAAAGCUCUAUACACACAUUGUAACAGUCACGUUCUAAACCUUUCGAUCGCAGCUUCGUGCAAGAUGACGCCUGUUAGAAACAUGAUAGGUUCAUUAAAUGAAAUAUACUUAUUAUUUCACAAUUCUCCGAAACGACAACGUUUUUUUGAACAGGUACUUGCUAAACUAAAAUGUGAAAGUACCAAAAAGAAACUUCUUGGUUUAUGUAAAACCAGAUGGGUGGAACGCCACAGUUGCUACGACACAUUCCAUGAGCUGUACUCAGAACUGACGACAUGCCUGGAUGCUAUUGUUAAUCCUGCACUAUAUCCUGACAUAUAUGGUGAAGAAAAUUGGUUGUGGGAUGCCAACACGAGAACCACAGCUCAGGGAUUGUUAACAACCAUCAAGUCAUUCCCAUUUAUAAUGGCAUUCUUGACCAUCAAAAGUUGUCUUCUGUCUGUCAUGCCUAAAGCGAAGCUUCUGCAGUGCAGUGAUCUAGAUUGCUAUGAAGCCUACAAUCUCAUUGGUCAGUCGGUUACUGACUUGAAAUCGAAUAGAAGCAACAUCGAUGGCAUAUUCAAAGAUUGGUACGGUGAGGCUGUGUCACUCUCCGAAGACAUAGGUGGAUAUGUCACAAUGUCACGUGUAGGUGGUAGAUUUCAGCAACAUCGUGACAACAUUCCAAGUUCCACUACAGAGCAAUACUUCAGGAACUCGAUAGCUAUUCCCUUUUUAGACCACCUUAUCACAGAGAUGGAAAGUAGGUUUUCAGAGGAUGCCUGUAAGUGUCGUCAUUUGUUUGGCCUUAUUCCCAAAUUGAUUGUCAAAACCAGUGACAUAGAAUUGUUACAUACAGAUCUGCAGUUCUGGAAAACUGACCUACCAACACCACUUAACCUCAAAUCAGAACUAGGUAGCUGGAAAAAGAUGUGGACAUCUAUUGGCAAUGAAUCCUCCUCAACAGAUUCUACGAAUAUGAGUUUCCAGGAAUCAGUGAUGCAGUGGUCAAGAAACAGGAAAUGUUCAACAGAUCCUGUUCCAGAUUCGUUGUUGCAGUCAUACCGAGCAUGUAACGAGGCAGUCUUUCCCAACGUGAAAGUAUUGCUUGCCAUUGCCUGUGUAAUGCCUGUUGGCAGUGCAUCGGCAGAACGUUCGUUUUCUGCACUACGGCGUGUCAAAACCUUCUUACGAAAUACCAUGGGAGAAGACAGACUAGCAGGACUUGCCUUGAUGCAUAUUCAUCAUUCUAUGAAAAUUGACAUUUCUGAAAUCAUUAGCAUGUUCUUACGAAAGCAUCGUCGCAGAAUGUUUCAAGAAUCCAUCAUGGCAAUUGUGUGA